AAUGCGCUUUAUCAUUGAUAAGCACUCUUACAUAACAGCUGACAUGGAGUUGUCUGAUAUGUACUGCCAGGGUGUUGAGGCUAACGUACAAAGUGCCUCCACAUCCAUGGCCACUGAUCCCAUAACAGAGGAGAUACUAAGAGAUGACCUGAGGUUUUAUUUCAUGAGCCCUUGCGAGAAGUACAGAGCCCGGCGACAGUUACCAUGGAAACUAGCGGUUCAAGUUUUGAAAAUAUUCAUGAUUACACUCCAGCUCAUACUAUUUGGACUAAACAACCAGCUUGUGGUAUCCUACAAGGAGGAGAACCUGAUGGCAUUUAAGAAUUUGUUUCUGAAGAGCUACAGUGGCAUGGAUGAAGAUGACUACAGUAUAGCUGUCUACACCAAACAGAAUGUAUACGAUAGUUUAUAUUAUGUAAUAGAUCAGUAUUCCCAGUUAGGAAACCUGUCUAUGGGUCCUGUUAAUUAUGCUGAGGAGAAUGGCACAUUUCUGCCCAUGCUCAUCUGUAAAGAAAGCUACAAGAGGGGCAACGUGGAGCCCUCAGAGGAAUCCUAUGAUAUUGAUGCCCAGCUUGAAACAGUUUGCUUGACUCUUGACCCAAAGUCUGCUGCAACAUGGAGAAUGAACAAUAAAUCAUUUUUCGAGCUGGACUUUUACAGGCUUGUCAAUAUUGAGAUUACGUUUGCGCUCAAAGGAAUCAAUUUGCAAACUGUUCGCUCGCAUGAGCUGCCUGACUGUUACACAUUUUUAGUCAAGAUUGUCUUUGAUAACGGUUGUCAUACUGGGAAGGUGAAAUUGACCCUUGAUUUUGAUGCUGUUAGUAGCGUGUGCAAAAACUGGAAGAUUUCCGGAACUGCUCAGAAGAAUACACACUAUCUCCUGGUCUUUGAUGGCUUUGUUAUUGCAAUCUGUCUGAUCUCUGCAGUGCUCUGCACUCGUUCCAUUAUACUUGCUGUGAGAUUACUACAGCGGUUUUCUAGAUUCUGUCUCGAGAACUUUAAUCAUAAAUUGUGUGAAGAUGACCAAAAAGAAUUCUUAAAUGGCUGGUACAUCUUGGUGAUUAUCAGUGAUGUUUUGGCCAUCAUUGGAUCAAUACUGAAAAUGGAAAUACAGGCUAAGAGUCUGACUAACUAUGAUGUGUGCAGUAUCUUCUUGGGCACAUCAACAUUAAUGGUGUGGGUGGGUGUCAUCAGAUAUCUGGGAUACUUCCAAAAAUACAAUGUGCUUAUCCUCACUAUGCGAGCAGCUUUACCAAAGGUCCUGCGUUUCUGUUGCUGUGCAGGAAUGAUCUACCUGGGCUACACCUUCUGUGGAUGGAUCGUUCUGGGACCCUACCAUGAGAAGUUUGAAGGUUUGAGUCGUGUAGCAGAGUGCCUUUUCUCACUAGUCAAUGGGGAUGACAUGUUCCCUACGUUUGCGGAGUUUGAGCAAAAGAACACAAUGGUGUGGCUGUUCAGCAGAGCGUAUCUCUACUCGUUCAUCUCCCUCUUCAUCUACAUGGUGCUCAGUCUCUUCAUCGCCCUCAUCACAGAUGCUUAUGAGACCAUCAAGGGUUACCAAAAGACAGGCUUCCCCAUGACCGAGCUCCAGCGAUUCCUGCUGGAGCAGAAGGAGUGUUUCCCUCUCCAGCGGCGGGAGGCGGCUGGAAUGGAGAGUGGAGAAACCGAGACCAUCCAUCCCUCUGUAAUGCUGUGUUGCUGCAAAAGAGUUCCCAAAGAUGACACUAUCAUUCUAAUCGGCUGACCACUGCUACCAAUUACACACUCUGUCAAAUCUGCUUCAAACCACAAUGCAGAACUCAUUGAAGUUUGACUAAAAGAGAGAUUGCGGGACUUUGAACAGGUUUACUGCUUCAUGCGCAUGGUUCAUGUUCUGCACAGGAAAUAUGAGCUGAAUGAACAUGCCAAAAGAAUAUCAUCUGUGUGAAAGGACAGAGCUUGUAUGACCUUUUGAGAAUUGAGAAAUCCCAAAUCAUAUCUGGUAAAGUGCACAACAAUGCAAUUAGGGACAAAAAAUGAAAAAAAAGAAACGUUUUUGUAGGGUUAUAUUUCAAAGACAAGAAAUCACGAUGCAGCUAAUUUGUAAAAUUAUCCCUAUUUAAUGUUGAAAACUGUAAGUUAUUUAUUUGUUAGUCAUAAGGGAUUGUCUGUCUUGAGACUGUUUUACAUUAGAGAAGCACUUUCAAAUUUCACUUAUUUUAUAUAGUCCUUUUGACAAUGGGACAUUUCAAAAAUGUUUCUUCUUGAUUCAUACAUGAUAUGUGCAAGGAACCAUUGCUAUAUGUGAGAUACUCUAGAAUCAAGAGAGCAUUACUCACACAGCUGAGGUAACUUUUGUCUUGGUGUAGGGAAUUGUUUUUUGAUGAGCUCAUUAUGCCUUUAUUAAUUUCACCAUCUAGCAAAAAAAAAAAAAAAAAGCAGUGAAAGCAGACAAGUUCAUACGUGACUUUCUUUGUAAGCAAUUGCUCAUUUGGAGACCGGUUGAGUGGGUGAGUGAAUGAACAAUAAUGUAUUUGUAAUUGCACAAUAAAAGAGACCUUUUUUGUAUUA